AUGGUUUUGGCUAAUCUCACAUAGGACAUUGUACUAGAAAAUACCAAGCAAGGAAAUAUUUUUGAGAAAUUGCUUGAAGAAGAAUUCAUCAGAUAAGUGAAGUAUUAUAACGAUUCAAUUUGGUAUUACUAUUCCAUAGCUACUAUAAUCCCUCUUGCCAUAUUCUUCAUUUACCGUCUAUUUUUCCCAAAAGAUUUCUCUUAAUCUGUAACCAAAAACGAACUUAAGCCAGACAUCUGGGACAGAAUAGUUUAAAUAUUUAUAUUCUAUGGCCCUGUUUACUAUGUUUUUGACCUAUAUGUUUACAUCGCUUUAGGAUAAUACGGAGUCUGCUUUUUCGCUUACACUCUUCACCACAUUACAUCACUAGUAUUCCUUCCAUCAUUAAUAUAUUUAAAUUACUACAACUGGUGGUAGCUUAGUGUCCCUCUUUUCCACGCUUGUCUUUUUUACUUCAAGGACAACUUCUUCAUAGAGGUCUGCUAUCUCCUAAGUGUAGUGCUCUUCCAUUAUGGAGUUAGAUCAAGAGUUUGCCGCGACCUUCCUCGCUUUAAAUUAGCUCACAAAGCUUUAUUCUUUAUUUACACAGCUAUAAUAACAAUGUUCCUAGGAUAAUGUAGAGACAUGUGA